GCGCCGCCGCGGCGGCCGGGCCGGAAAGAUGGCGGCGCUCGUGUCGCCCUUGGCUACAGCGCGGUGCCUGCUGCGGGCUCCGCGGCGCUGCGCCCGCCUGCUCCCGGCGCUCAGAGCAUACACAGCUCAGGCAGAGGAGAAGACAGGCCCUGGUACUCCUACAGAUGCUCACGCCAGAGCCUUAUUGGUUUGCAAUGGACCUUUAGAACAUUAUGACUUUUUGAUUAAGCAAGAAGAGCUGAAGAAUGAUGAGCAACAAAGAAGAGUUGUGCAGCACCUGCAGAAGUUGCACGAGAGCCUUAAAGGCUACAGCAUUGAUUCAAAAAAUCUUCUCUCAAAGCUCCUUGCCAAAAACAAACCCCCAAAAGGUGUUUAUGUCUAUGGAGAUGUUGGCACAGGAAAGACAAUGGUGAUGGACAUGUUCUAUUCUCACAUAGAAGUAGAAAGGAAAAAGAGAGUCCAUUUUCAUGGUUUCAUGUUGGAUGUACAUCAGAGAAUACAUCGCCUUAAGCAGAGCUUGCCAAAGAGAAAGGCGGGAUUUAUGGCUAAAUCAUAUGACCCAAUUGCACCAGUGGCAGAGGAAAUAAGUAAAGAGGCUGCUCUCUUAUGUUUUGAUGAAUUUCAGGUCACUGACAUUGCUGAUGCCAUGAUUCUGAAGCAGCUUUUUGAAAAUCUCUUCCAAAAUGGGGUUGUCGUUGUGGCAACAUCUAACAGGCCGCCAGAAGAUCUCUAUAAAAAUGGUCUUCAGAGAGCUAAUUUUGUACCAUUCAUUGCUGUGCUGAAGAAAUACUGCAACACAGUCCAGCUUGAUUCUGGAAUAGACUACAGGAAACGAGUGCUUCCAGCUGCUGGAAAACUUUACUACCUCACAAGUGAAGCUGAUGUGGAGGCUGUCAUGGAUAAGUUGUUUGAUGAGCUGGCUCAGAAACAAAAUGAUUUAACUAGACCAAGGAUUCUAAAAGUGCAAGGCAGAGAGCUGAGGCUGAAUAAAGCGUGUGGAACCAUUGCAGACUUCACGUUUGAAGAGCUGUGCGACAGAGUCCCAAGGGAGUCGGGAGAUCCAGUCUUCCCCGCAGUGCUGCCUUUUAGUCCUCUCCUCGCUUGUGCGCAGCAGCUGCUGCCCUCUGCCGGGAACGCCGGCUGCCUUCUGCCACCAAACACCCUUCUGUUUUGGAGACCAUUUCACUGACAAAUGCCGUACUUUGGAGUUGGAACUGGAAAUUUGGCAGUAGAAAUUUGGGAGCAGAAACAUGCCUUUUGCAGUUCUUCCACUUUGCAGCCAGCUUUGAGCAGCUGAUAGGUAGGUCUUUGAGACAUCUCACUUUUUAUAGGGUCAGUAUGGAUAUCUGUCACUGUUCUAAGCUCUUCUAAGGCAGGAGUGGUUGUGCUGAAUGAUGACUGAACAUAGGAGCAAGCAUCUUCUUAAUCAGAAGAGCAAAGGUCUGAAACAACUUUCCACUAUUGGAAAUGUGACUAAAAAACUUGUGCUGGAAGGUCAAGCAAAAUUAGUUCCUGCCUGGAUU